GCAAUUCGGAAAAGCAAAUUUUACCGUCGGUAUGGAUCUGGGCCUGGGGCGAGGACAUUAUUCAAGUGGGUUGUGUGGGUACGGAUGCUAACUUUUGGAACUAAUUUAGUUGCAAUACCAUACCUUACAAGCACUUAGGUAGGAGGUCUUCGGGCGAACCCUGAGGGUCUCGUGGUCGAAACCCACGAUACUACUCCGUACUGUGCACAUAAGAGGGAAAAGCUGGUGUGGGACCUGUACAUUACGGAGUAGCUUAAGGUCGUAUGUACUGUGUACAUGUAACUAUGUAUGGUAUGUAUGGGUAUGGAUUAUUAUCUUAUCAUCAUUCGAGCAUUAAAAUCAUUCGAGCAUAAUUAUAGACCAACACCAGAUCCCUCCCAUCCCAUCAUUAUCUCCUGGUACAAUCAAGAAUUUGCAAUGCCCCAUGCCGAUAGAAUGACUUCUCACGAUACCGUGUUACACGUCACACUCAGAAAUCCACCGUCUUCCCAAACUCUGCACACACCUGUAUCAGUAGCGCCUCGUAUUCUGCAUCUACCCGUUAGCACAAGCUAUCUAUCCCCAUCACCAAUCACACCAUAUCGAGCGUUUUGCAAUCUUUUGCACAACAACAGCUCCACAUGCAAUCGAACAUCUAGAGACAUUUGUGGGGGUGGUGCAACUUACGAACAAACGCGCCGUCAGUGCAGUAAUACACCCGCUCGGGCGCAUACAAACACGGCGAUAUCGACGACACGAACUCGUUGACCUGCUCUUGGUCCUUUACACACAGGCACCCGAGGUCUGCAGGGUCGCAGCCCAGAUAUUUGCCUUCCUCUAGACAGUUUGCCUGUGGGUGGUGGUGAGUGAUUGUUACAAAGAUUUUAUUCAAGUUUUUCUCGUUCAUGGUUGCACGGCGGAAGACAGCGGAAGGGAGUAAGGGAGAGACGUACGGCGCCGCAGCUUGGUAAUUCGAAACCCCAGGUUAGUGAUGGAAGAGCUGCCAUCGCCAUGGCAGUUAGGUAUCUUGAUGUUCUCAUCGUGUUCUGUG